AUGGAGAAGGUCGCUGCAGCGUCGGCACCAGUGCCCGAUGACGAUCUCAUCAGCCACCUCCCCGAUGCCAUCCUCGGCACCAUCAUCUCCCUCCUCCCAACAAAGGACGGUGGCCGCACGCAGGUACUCUCUCGCCGAUGGCGCCCCCUCUGGCGGUCCGCGCCUCUCAACCUCGACAUCCUCACCUGGAUCCCACAUGUCCCCAUCUCCGUCCUCGCCUCCGCCAUCUCCCAAAUACUAUCCCAGCACCCUGGCCCCACCCGGCGAUUCUCCUUCCCCUGCCACCACCUCGGGUUCUCUGCUGAGGUGGAGAGCUGGUUCCGCUCCUGGUUCCACUCCAGAGCACUAGCCAAUCUCCAGGAGCUCAAUAUCAUCUACACCGAUGGACUACUGCCACCAUUCGUGUUGUGCUCUGCAUCCACCCUCCUCGUUGCCAAAAUCAGCUAUUGUCAUUUCCCCCAUGAGAUCGUGUCACCUAUGAAUUUCCCCCUCCUCAAGAAGCUUUCAUUGUUUAAUGUUUCCAUCUCGGAGGAAGUCUUCCAUUUACUGAUCUCUAGCUGCCAUGCCUUGGAGAGUUUAUUCAUAAAAGGAGUUAAGUCUACGGGGCGCCUCCGUGUUAGCUCGUCGACUCUUAGGAGCAUCGGUGCCUUUAGCAGCAUACAUAAGAUAGAAGAAUUGGUCAUUGAGGACGCUCCUUGUCUUGAAAGGAUACUAUUACCUUACCACUUGGAUCGUUUGACUAUCCGGGUAGUUAGAGCACCUAAGCUCGAGAUAUUGGGCCCUUACUCACUGGUACAGAUCUUCCUGCAGGUAGCAGAUGGAAUGAGCCCAGUCAGAUUGGAAAACUCAAUACACACCUUGAAGGUUCUGGCUCUCAGGUCUUCAGGCCGUGAAUUGCACACGGUUCUUAACUUCCUCAGGGGGUUCCCCUGUUUGGAACGGCUCUACGUCAUUUUUCACAAGCACUAUGAGAUGGAUAAUAAAAAUGAGCCUCAGUAUGAUCCACUGCAUCCAAUUGAAUGCCUUCAAACCCAUCUGAAAAAAGUGGUGUUUAAGUCAUUCGUAGGCAAUGAUAAACAGAUUGACUUUGCGAGGUUCUUUGUUUUGAAUGCAAAACUGCUACAAGUGGAAAAUAGAGCUUCUCAGGAUGCUUGGAUUGAAUUCAAGUGUCAUAAGGGACCUGAGCAUUACGGUCGUACUAAUCUCGACGAGAAUAUCCAUGAUUUGUCACUGGCUGACCCCUUCAGACAGUGGUUGGCGCUUUGA